GCUGCCACCUCGGGGCGCGGGUCCCCGCGGAGCCAGGGAGCGGGAGCCAGAGGAGGCCGCAGCCAGGAGCCGCCCCCCGCCGGCCCGGCCAUGGGCCCCCCGAGGCCCGCGCUGCUGCUGCUGCCGCUGCUGGUCCUGGGCAGCUGCGCCUCGGCGCAAGAGGAAGUGCCGGAAAAUGCCAGCCCCAGCUGCACAAAAGACGCAACUCGAUUCAAGCAUCUCAAGAAGUACGUGUACAGCUACGAGGCUGAGAGCUCCACUGGGGUCCCUGGGACUGCGGAUUCAAGAAGCGUCACCAAGAUCAACUGCAAGGUGGAGCUGGAGGUCCCCCAACUCUGCAGCUUCAUCCUGAGGACGAGCCAGUGCACCCUGAAAGAGGUGUACGGCUUCAGCCCUGAGGGCAAGGCCUUACUAAAGAAGACCAGGAACUCGGAGGAGUUUGCCGCGGCCAUGUCCAAGCACGAGCUGAGGCUGAGCACGCCUGAAGGGAGGCCAGUGUUGCUUUACCCGGAGAAGGACGAGCCCAAGCACAUCCUGAACAUCAAGAGGGGCAUCAUUUCCGCCCUUCUCGUCCCCCUGGAGACCGAAGAGGCCAAGCGCGUGCUGUUGCUGGAUACCGUGUACGGAAACUGCUCCAGUGACUUCACGGUGAAAACAAAGAAGGGAAAUGUGGCAACCGAAGUAUCCAUUGAAAGAAACCUGGAGGCCUGUGAUCACUUCAAGCCCAUCACAACCAGCGUGAGCCCACUAGCUUUCAUCCAAGGCAUGGUCCGCCCCCUGUCCACUCUGAUCAGCAGCAGCCAGUCCUGCCAGUACUCCCUGGACCACAAGAAGAAGCACGUGUCAGAAGCCACCUGCAAGGAGCAGCACCUCUUCCUGCCUUUCUCCUACAAGGAGAAGUAUGGAAUGGUGGCUCACGUUACACAGUCUUUGAAACUUGGAGAGACACCCAAGAUCAACAGCCGCUUCUUUGAGGAAGGUGCCCAAGGGGUGAGCCUUGCCUUUGAGAGCACCAAAUCCACCUCACCUCCCAAGCAGGCUGAGGCUGUUUUGAAGACCCUCCAGGAGCUGCAAAAGCUCUCCAUCUCUGAGCAGAAUGCCCAGAGAGCUAACCUCUUCAACAAACUGGUCACCGAGCUGAGAGGCCUCAGCGACGAGGCGGUCGCAUCCCUCUUGCCAAAGCUGACCGAGGUGUCCAGCCCCAUCACUCUGCAGGCUCUGGUCCAGUGCGGGCAGCCGCAGUGUUAUACUCACAUCCUCCAGUGGCUGAGGAAUGAGAAAGCCAGCCCUCUCCUGAUAGACGUGGUGACUUACCUGGUGGCCCUCAUCCCAGAGCCCUCGGCGCAGAGGCUGCGGGAGGUCUUUACCAUGGCGAAAGAGCAGCAGAGCCGGGCCACCUUCUACGCCCUCAGCCACGUGGUCAACAACUAUUAUGAGGCCACGCAGCAGGUGACCCAGGACCUGCUGGACAUUGCUGACUACCUGUUGGCACAGAUUCACAGUGACUGCGCAGGGGACAAAGAGCACACCUACUUGGUUCUGAGGGUCAUUGGAAAUAUGGGCAAAACCCUGGAGCAGGUGAACCCGAGACUGAAGUCUUCAGUUCUGAAAUGUGUCAAAAGUACAGAGCCAGCACUGCUGAUUCAGAAGGCUGCAAUCCAGGCACUGCGGAAAAUGGCCCUUACAGAGGAGGUCCGGGGAGUCCUUCUUCAGGCCUUCCUCAGUGGCGCUUCUCCAGCAGAUAAGCGGCUGGCUGCCUACCUCAUGCUGAUGAGGGAUCCUUCCCAAUCAGAUAUUAACAGAAUUGCCCGGCUUCUCCUACGGGAACAGAAUGACCAAGUGAAGAACUUUGUGGCUUCCCACAUUGCCAACAUCUUAAAUUCAGAAGAAUCGAACCUCAAAGAUCUGAAAAAGUUAGUGGAGGAAGCUCUGAAAGGAUAUCAACUUCCAACUCCCAUGGAUUUCAAAAAAUUUUCCCGGAACUAUCAACUUGUCAAAUCUGUGUCUCUUCCAUCACUUGACCCAGUCUCAGCCAAAAUUGAAGGGAAUCUUAUAUUUGAUCCGAAUAAUUACCUUCCUAAAGAAAGCAUGCUAAAAGCAACUCUCAAUAUCUUUGGAUUUGCUCCAGGUGACCUCUUCGAGAUUGGCUUGGAAGGAAAAGGCUUUGAGCCAACAAUAGAAGCUCUCUUUGGGAAGAAAGGAUUUUUCCCGGACAGUGUCAACAAGGCUUUGUACUGGGCUGAUGGUCAAGUUCCUGAUCAUGUAUCCAAGGUUUUAGUGGACCACUUUGGCUACACCAAAGAUGAUAAACGUGAGCAGGACAUGGUGAAUGGAAUUAUGCUCAGUGUUGAGAAGCUGAUCAAAGAUUUGAAAUCCAGCGAAGUCCCAGAAGCCAGAGCCUACCUCCGCAUCCUGGGAGAGGAGCUUGGCUUCGUCAGGCUCCAGGACCUCCAGCUCCUGGGCAGGCUGCUGCUGAGUGCCACCCGCUCUCUGCAGGGGGUUCCCCAGAUGAUCGGAGAGGCCAUAAGGAAAGGUUCAAAGAAUGACUUGUUUCUUCACUACAUCUUCAUGGACAACGCCUUUGAGCUCCCCACGGGAGCUGGGAUACAGCUGCAAGUGUCCUCAUCUGGGGUCAUCACUCCUGGGAUCAAGGCUGGUGUGAAACUUGAAUUAGCCAAUAUGCAGGCAGAACUGGUGACAAAGCCUUCUGUGUCACUCGAGUUUGUGAUGCACAUGGGCACCAUCAUCCCAGACUUUGCUAGGAACGGGGUCCAAAUGAACACCAACCUCUUCCACGAGUCAGGCUUGGAGGCUCGUGUUGCCCUGAGAGCCGGGCAGCUGAAGGUCAUCGUUCCUUCUCCAAAGAGGCCGGUCAAGCUGUUCAGCGUCAGCAACACGUUGCAUUUGGUCUCUACCACCAAAACGGAAGUGAUUCCGCCUCUCAUUGAGAACAGGCAGUCCUGGUCAACCUGCCAGCCUUUCUUCACGGGCCUCAACUACUGCACCACUGGCGCUUACUCCAACGCCAGCUCCACCGACUCGGCCUCCUAUUACCCACUGACCGGGGACACCAGAUUUGAACUGGAGCUGAAGCCGACUGGAGAGGUGGAGCAGUACACUGCCAGUGCCACGUACGAACUCCAGAGGGAAGGCAGAGCCUUGGUGGACACGCUGAAGUUUCUAGCUCAGGCGGAAGGUGAGAAACAGACCGAGGCUUCCAUGAUGUUCAAAUACAACCGGCAGAGCAUGACUUUGUCCAGUGAAAUGCAAAUUCCAGAUUUCGGCGUCGACUUUGGGACGAUCCUCAGAGUUAGUGAUGAGUCUGUUAAGGAAAAAAAGUCUUACAAGCUCACCUUGGACAUUCAGAACCAGAAGAUCACUGAGGUCUCUCUCACCGGCCACAUGAGUUUUGAUGGUAAGGAAGAAGGCAAAAUCAAAGGUGUGAUUUCCGUACCCCGUUUGCAAGCAGAAGUCAGGAGUGAGAUCCUCACCCAGUGGUUCCCCACGAAGCUGCUCCUACAGAUGGACUCCUCUGCUACAGCGUACGGCUCAACAAUUUCCAAGAAGGUGGUGUGGCGCCAUGAUGAAGAAAAAAUUGAAUUUGAAUGGAAGACAGGCACCAACAUGGAUACCAAAAAAGUGGCUUCCAAUUUCCCAGUGGAUCUCUCCGAUUAUCCUAGAAGCUUGCAUGCAUACACAAAUAGUCUCUUGGAUUACAGAGUUCCUCAAACAAGCAUGACCUUCCGACACAUGGGUUCCAAAUUAAUAGUUGCAACAAACACAUGGCUUCAGAAAGUAUCCGGGCAUCUUCCUUAUGCCAAGGUUUUGCAGGAUCACCUCAGCGGCUUAGAGGAGCUGAACCUACAGAGAAUGGGGUUGCCAGACUUCCACAUCCCACAAAACCUAUUCCUGAAAAGUGAUGGCCGGGUCAGAUACACCUCGAACAAGCACAGUGUACAGAUUGACAUUCCUUUGCCUUUGGGUGGCAAAACUUCCAAAGACCUAAAGAUCUUAGAGAGUGUUCGGACCCCAGCGCUCAACUUCAGGUCUGUGGGAUUCCACCUGCCAGCUCGGGAGUUCCAAAUCCCCGCUUUUACCAUCCCCAAGUUGUACCAGCUGAAGGUGCCUCUCCUGGGAGUUCUGGACCUCUCCACGAAUGUCUACAGCAACUUGUACAACUGGUCUGCUUCCUACACAGGCGGCAACACUAGCACUGACCACUUCAGCCUUCUGGCUCGGUACCGGGUCAAGGCCGAUUCCGUGGUGGAUCUGCUGUCCUACAGCGUGCAAGGAUCUGGAGAGACAACCUAUGACCGCAGGAAUGUCUUCACGUUAUCAUGUGAUGGAUCUCUACACCACAAAUUUCUGGAUUCAAAUAUCAAAUUCAGUCAUGUAGAAAAAAGAGGAAAUAGUUCAGCCUCGAAAAGUUUACUAACAUUUGAUACAUCCAGUGCCUGGGGACCACAGAUGUCUGCUUCGGUCCAUUUGGACUCAAAAAAGAAGCAGCAUCUGUACGUCAAGGAAGUCAAGGUUGAUGGGCAGUUCCGAGUCUCCUCUUUCUAUGCUAAGGGCACCUACGGCCUGUCUUAUCAGAGGGACACCAGGACAGGCCAGAUUGACGGAGAGUCCAACCUGAUGUUUAACUCCUCCUACGUCCAUGGCACCAACAGGAUCACGGGAAGAUACGAAGAUGGCAGACUCUCCCUCACCUCCACCUCUGAUCUGCAAGAUGGCAUCAUUAAACAGGCAGCCUCCCUGAAAUAUGAGAACUAUGAGCUGACCCUGAAGUCAGACACCAACGGGAAGUACGAGGACUUCGCCACUUCUAACAAGCUGGACCUGACCUUCUCCGAACAGAAUGCGUUGCUGCGCUCCGAGUAUCAGGCCGAUUACAAGUCACUGAGGUUCUUCACCAUGCUCUCGGGAUCCCUAAAUUCCCAAGGCCUUGAACUGAAUGCUGAUGUCUUGGGCACGGACACGGCCAACAGUGGUGCGCACAAGGCGACACUCAGGAUUGGCCAGGACGGACUGUCCACCAGUGCGACCACUAACCUGAAGUAUAGUCCGCUGGUGCUGGAGAACGAGCUGAACGCAGGGCUAGGCCCCUCGGGGGCAUCGAUGAAAUUGACAACCAACGGCCGCUUCAGGGAGCACAAUGCAAAAUUCAGUCUAGAUGGGAAAGCCGCCCUCACAGAGGUGUCCCUGGGCAGUGUUUAUCAGGCCAUGGUUCUGGGUGCUGACAGCAAAAACAUCUUCAACUUCAAGCUCAACAAAGAAGGACUUAAGGUUUCCAAUGACAUGAUGGGAUCCUAUGCUGACAUGAAACUUGACUACGCAAACAGUCUGAACAUCGCAGGGUUAUCGCUGGACUUCUCUUCAAAACUUGACAACAUUUACAGCUCGGACAAGUUUUAUAAGCAAAACUUUAACUUAUUGCUACAGCCCUAUUCUCUGGUAACUACCUUAAACAAUGACUUGAAAUACAGCUCUCUAGAUCUGACCAACAAUGGGAAAUUACGGCUGGAGCCCCUGAAGCUGAAUGUGGGUGGCAACAUAAAAGGAGCCUACCAGAACAAUGAAAUAAAACACAUCUACACCAUUUCUUAUGCUGACUUGUCAGCCAGUUAUAAAGCAGACACUGUGGCUAAGGUUCAGGGCUCAGAGUUUAGCCACCGGCUCAGCACAGACAUUGCGGGGCUGGCUUCAGCCAUUGACAUCAGUACAAACUAUAAUUCAGACUCGCUGCAUUUCAGCAAUGUCUUCCACUCUGUGAUGGCCCCAUUUACAAUGACUGUUGAUGCACAUACAAAUGGGAACGGGAAACUGGUUCUCUGGGGGGAACACACAGGGCAGUUGUAUAGCAAGUUCCUGUUGAAAGCAGAACCCCUAGCCCUUACUUUCUCUCAUGAUUACAAAGGAUCCACAGGCCACCGUCUCAUGUCCAGCCAAAGCAUCAGCACUGUUCUCGAUCACAAAGUCAACGUCCUGCUUACUCCAGCUGAGCAGACGGGGGCCUGGAAACUCAAGACCCAACUGAACCAAAAUGAAUACAGCCAGGACUUAGAUGCUUACAAUACCAAAGACAAAAUAGGUGUGGAGCUCAGAGGACGAGGCUUGGCUGACCUCACUGUGUUAGAUGUACCAAUUAAAGUGCCAUUUUUGCUCAGUAAGCCAGUCAACCUGAUUGAUACUCUAUUGAUGAGGGAUGUUGUUGACCAGCCCCAAGAAUUCACUGCUUUUGCUUCUGUAAAGUAUGAUAAGAACCAAAAUGUGCACACCAUCAACCUCCCAUUCUUGAAAAUUCUGCCAGCAUAUUUUGAGAGGAAUCAAAAGGCAAUUAUAGCUUUGCUAGAAAGCAUGCAGAAAAAAAUGAAACACAUCAAUAUUGAUCAAUUUGUAAGGAAAUACAAAGCAGCCUUGGACAAACUCCCACAGCAAGUUAAUGACUAUUUGAGCACAUUAAAUUGGGAGGGACAAGUGACAAAUGCCAAGAAGAAACUAACUGCUUUCACAAAAAAUUUUAAAAUUACAGCAGAUGAUCUGCAAAUCAUACUGGAUGAUGCCAAAAUCAACUUUAAUGACAAACUCUCUCAACUACAGACAAAUGUGAUACAAUUUGAUCAGUAUAUUAAAGAUAAUUAUGAUCUACAUGAUUUUAAAGCAGCUAUUGCUAAGAUUAUUGACCGAAUCAUUGAAAAAUUGAAAAUUCUUGAUGAACAUUAUCAUAUCCAUGUAAAUUUAGUAAAAGCAAUCCAUAAUUUAUAUGUGCUUAUUGAAAAGAUUGAUUUUAACCAAAUUGGAAAUAGUUCUGCAUCUUGGAUUCAAAAUGUAGAUACUAAGUAUCAAAUCAGAAUCCAGAUACAAGAAAAAUUGCAACAGAUUGAGACACAGAUUCAGAAUAUAGACAUCCAGCACCUUGCCCAAAAGUUAAAGCAACAGGUCGACGCUAUCAAUGUCAGGGUGCUUUUGGAUCAGUUGAGAACUGCAAUUCCAAUUCAAAGAAUAAAGGACUUUAUUGAGCAUCUGAAAUACUUUGUUAUAAAUGUUAUAGAAGAUUUUGAAGUAACUGAGAAAAUCAAUGUUUUCAAUGCUAAAGUCAGUGAGUUAAUUAAGAAGUAUGAGGUAGACCAACGAGUCCAGGUUUUAAUGGAUAAAUCCGUACAGUUGGCCCAUCAAUAUAAGUUGAAAGAGACUGUUCGGAAGCUAAGCAAUAUCGUAAAACAAGUUGACAUAAAAUAUUACUUUGAGAAAUCAUUUGGGUUGAUUGACGAUGCUGUUAAGAAGCUUAAAGCAAUGAAUUUUGAAAAAUUUAUUGAAGAAGUAAACAGAUUCCUUGACACAUUGGUAAAGAAAUUAAGGUCAUUUGAUUACAACCAGUUUGUGGAUGGAACCAAUAGCAAAAUCCGUGAGGUGACUCAGAGAAUCAAUGGUGAAAUCCGGGCCUUGGAGCUGCCACAGAAGGCUGAAGCAGUCAAAUUGUUCGCAGAGGAGGUCAAAGCAGUGGCCUCAGAGUAUCUGGAAAACCUGAAGGAUACCAAAAUAAGCUCGCUCCUCGACUGGUUACACGAUGCUUUAAGUUCAGCACCUUUGAAGGACGUGAAAGCCAAAUUCCAAGAGACCCUAGAAGAUGUACGGGAGCGAAUAUAUCAAAUGGACAUUCAGCAGGAACUGCAGCGAUACCUGUCUCUGAUAAGCCAGGCUUACGGCACGCUUGUCACUUACGUUUCUGAUUGGUGGACGCUUGCUGCUAAGAACCUCACUGACUUUGCACAGCAGUAUUCUUUCCAGGACUGGGCUGAAAAACUGAAAGCCCUGGUAGAGCAGGGGUUCACUUUUCCUGAAAUCCAGACCAUCUUCGGGACCAUGCCUGCCUUCAAAGUCAGCCUCCGUGCUCUCCAGGAAGCCACAUUUCAGACUCCUGACUUCAUAGUCCCCUUGACAGAUUUGAGAAUUCCAUCAGUUCAGAUAAAUUUCAAAAAACUGAAAGACAUAAAAAUCCCACCCACGUUCACCACUCCAGAAUUUACAGUCCUCGCUACCUUCCAUGUUCCUUCUUUUACAAUCGACUUGGUGGAAAUGAAGGUCAAGAUCAUCCGAACCAUCGACCAAAUGCUGAACAGUGAGCUGCAGUGGCCACUUCCAGAAGUGUAUCUAAGGGAUCUGAAGGUGCAUGAAACCCUCCUUGCUAGAAUCACCCUGCCAAACUUCUAUGUACCAGAAGUCACAAUUCCAGAAAUCGUAAUACCUAAUUUGAACUUGAAAGAUUUCCAAGUUCCUGAUCUUCACAUCCCAGAAUUCCAGCUUCCCCGCAUCUCACACACCAUUGAAGUACCUACCUUUGGCAAGCUGCAUGGCACUUUGAAAAUCCAGUCUCCUCUUAUGACAUUAGACACAACUGCCGGCAUUCAGAAUGUAACCACGUCAGCGAACAAGGCAGAGAUCGUGGCUUCCAUCACCGCCAAAGGACAAUCUAAAUUUGAAGUUCUUACUUUUGAUUUUCAAGCAAAUGCACAACUUUCAGCCCCUGAGAUUAAUCCACUGGUUAUGAAGGAAUCUGUGAAAUUCUCCAGCAAGUACCUUAGAACAGAGCAUGAGAGUGAAGCGCUCAUACUUGGAAGCACUCUCACAGGAAAAUCAAACACGGUGGCAAGCUUGCACACAGAAAAAAAUACGCUGGAGCUUAGUAACAGUGUGCUUGUCAAGAUAAGCAAACAGUUUACUCUGGACAGCAGCACAAAAUACGUCCACACGUUGAACAUCCCCACCCUGGACUUCUCCAGUCAGGCCGACCUGCGCAAUGAAAUCAAGACCUUGUUGGAGGCUGGACACUUGUCAUGGGCAUCUUCUGGAACGGGGUCAUGGAAGUGGGCCAGCCCCAAAUUCUCAGAUGAGGGAACACAUGAAUCACAUGUGAGCCUCACUGUGGAAGGACCUGUCACUUCCUUUGGAUUCUCCAACAAGAUCAACAGCAAACACCUCAGAGUAAACCAAAACAUGAUCCAUGAAUCUGGCUUCCUCAAUUUUUCUAAAUUUGAAAUCCAAUCACAAGUUGAAUCCCAGCACGUGGGACACAGCGUCCUCACUGCCAAAGGUGCAGCGCUGCUUGGAGACAUGAAGGCAGAGGUGACUGGCACGCACGAGGCACAUUUAGCUGGAAAAGUUACCGGAACUUUGAAAAAUUCUCUUUUCUUUUUGGCACAGCCAUUUGAGAUCACUGCAUCCACAAACAAUGAAGGGAAUUUGAAAGUUAGUUUUCCAUUAAAAUUGUCAGGGAAGAUAGACUUUCUGAAUAACUAUGCACUGUCUCUGGGUCCCAGGGUCCAGCAAGCAAGUUGGCAAGCAAGUGGCAGGUUCAAUCAGUAUAAGUACAAUCAAAAUUUCUCUGCUGGAAACAAUGAGAACAGCAUGGAAGCUCACAUAGGAAUGAACGGAGAAGCUAAUCUGGAUUUCUUAAACACUCCUUUAACAAUUCCUGAAAUGACUCUACCUUACACAUCACUCACUACUCCUCAGCUGAAAGAUUUCUCCAUAUGGGAAAAAACAGGCUUGAAAAAAUUCUUGAGAACAACAGGGCAAUCAUUUGAUUUAACUGUCAAGGCUCAGUAUAAGAAAAACAAAGACAAGCAUUCCAUCCCAAUUCCUUUGGAUGUGAUUUAUGACUUUAUCAGCCAGAACAUCAAUUCCUUCAACAGGCAUUUUGAGAAAGGCAGAGACAGUGCAUUAGAUUUUCUUACCAAAUCCUAUAAUGAAGCAAAAACUAAGGUUGAAAAGUACAAAGUUGAAACAUCCCUCAACGAACUCCCCAGGACUUUUCGAAUUCCUGGAUACACCAUUCCAGUCCUCAACAUUGAAGUGACUCCACUCACGGUAGAGAUGUUAGCAUUCGGCUAUGUGAUCCCAAAAGAGAUCAGCACCCCCAGACUCACCAUCCCAGGGUCUGACUUGUAUGUACCUUCCUACACCUUAGUCUUGCCAUCCCUGGAGCUGCCAGCCCUUCAUGUUCCUCAGAAUCUUCGCAAGCUCUCCCUUCCAGAUUUCAAGUUUUUAAGUAACCCGGAUAAUGUUUUUAUUCCAGCCAUGGGAAAUAUUACCUGUGACUUUUCUUUUAAGUCAACAGUCUUCACCCUAAAUACCAAUGCUGGACUUUAUAACCAGUCAGAUAUUGUUGCUCAUUUCCUUUCCUCCUCUUCUUCCAUCUUUGAUGCCUUGCAGUUCAAAUUAGAGGGCACCUCGAGUUUGACAAGGAAAAGAGGGUUGAAGUUAGCCACAGCUUUGUCUCUGAAUAAUAAAUUUGUGGAAGGCAGCCAUGACAGUACCAUUAGCUUAAAUAAGAAAAACAUGGAAACAUCAGUGACAACAACCGCGAAAGUCCAAAGUCCAAUUUUGCGAAUGAAUUUCAAGCAAGAACUUAAUGGAAAUACAAAGUCAAAACCCACCGUUUCUUCAUCCAUUGAAUUAAAGUAUGACUUCAAUUCUCCCAAGCUGCAUUCUACUGCUAAAGGGGCAAUUGAGCACAAGCUCAGCCUAGAAACCCUCACCUCUUACUUUUCCAUUGAGUCAUCCACCAAAGGAGAUGUCAAGGGUUCGGUCCUUUCGCAAGAAUAUUCUGGGAUCAUUGCCAGUCAGGCCAGCACUUAUUUGAAUUCCAAGGGCUCUCGGUCUUCAGUGGAGCUGCAAGGAGCUUCCAAAGUUGAUGGUAUAUGGAACUUUGAAGUAAAAGAAAAUUUUGCUGGAGAAGCCACUCUCCAACGCAUAUAUGCCAUCUGGGAACGCAAUAUGAUAAACCGUUUACAGCUAGAAGGCCUCCUUCUAACAAACGGAGAGCAUACCAGCAAAGCCACCCUGGAACUCUCCCCAUGGAAAAUGUCAGCCCUUGUUCAGGUCCGUGCAAGCCAGCCCAGUUCCCUCCUUGAUCUCCCUUACCUUGGCCAGGAAUUGGCCCUGAAUGUUAACAUGGGGACCCAGAAGGCCAGCUGGAAAAGUGAGGUUCAGCUUCUUUCUGGGUCUCUCCAGAACAAUGUACAGCUUUCCAAUGACCAACAAGAGGUGCGCCUUGAUAUUGCAGGAUCUUUAGAGGGAUACCUGCGGUUCCUCAAAGAAAUCAUCCUACCAGUUUACGAUAAGAGCUUAUGGGACCUCCUCAAGCUGAAUGUAACCACCAGCAUCCACAAAAGACAGUACCUCCGUGCUUCUACUGCCCUUGUAUACACCAAAAACCCCGAUGGCUAUUCUCUCUCUUUCCCUGUGCAAGAACUGCCUGAUAAAUUUAUUAUCCCCAGACUGAAACCAAAGGAUCCAGAUUCAGGUCUUGCCACUCCUACAUUCCAAGUCCCAUUUACUGAUCUUCAGGUUCCAUCAUACACACUUGACUUCAGUGAAAUAAAAAUCUACAAGAAGCUGACUACUCCCCCAUUUACUCUCAACAUACGAACACUACCCAAAGUCAAAUUCCCCAAAGUUGAUGUGUUCACGAAAUAUUCUGAAUCAGAAGUCUCCACAGUUCCCUUUUUUGAGAUAACUGUGCCUGAAUUUCAGUUAACUUUGUCACAGUUCAGCCUUCCAAAGAGUAUUUCAGUUGGCAGUGCUGUCUUGGAUCUAAAUAAGUUGGCCAAAAAGAUUGCAGACUUCGAUUUGCCAACCAUCAGCAUGCCUGAGCAGACAAUUGAGAUCCCUUCCAUUAAGUUAUCUGUACCUGCUGGGGUUUUCAUUCCUUUCUUUGGAGCACUGACUGCACGUUUGGAGGUGGACUCUCCCCUGUACAAGGCCACUUGGAGUGCUGGCUUGAAAAACAAAGCAGACAACGUGGAAACAUUCCUGAACUCCACAUGCAGCUCAACCAUACAGUUCCUAGAAUAUGGUCUAAAUGUUGUGGCAACACACAGGAUUGAAGAUGGCGCGUUAGUAUGCGAGACCAUUGGAACAUUUUCACACCGUGACUUCAACGUAGACUACAAAGAAGAUAGCAAAUAUCAAGGACUUCAGGACUGGAAAACAGAUGCCCGCCUUGACGUCACUAGUCCAGUGUUCACUGAUGUUCACCUGCGUUAUCAAGAAAACGACACACAUCUCUUCUACUCAGCAGCCUCCCCAGCCACAGGCACUGUGGGCUUCUACUUGGAAGACAGUGAUGACAUUUUCAUAUGGAGCUUCUACUACCAACCUCAGUCCCCUCCAGUUAAAAAACUCAACAUAUUCAAAACUAAGUUGAUUUCCCUGGAAGCUGAUGAUGAAAUUCAGAUCGAAGUUAACUGGGAAGAAGAGGCAGCUUCCGGAUUGCUAAGCGCUCUAAGAGACAACGUGCCCAAGGCCACGGGGGCCCUUUAUGAUUAUGUCAACAAAUACCACCAGGAGUACACUGGACUAGACCUGCGAGACGCAUCUUCAAGACUAAGAAGAAGUCUGCAGAGGCAGGUCGACGAGAUGGCCAUGGAGCUCCAGAGAGCAGUCAAGAGCACCACUGGAACCUACCAGCAGUGGGAGGACAAGGCCCAGAGUCUUUACCAGGAGCUGUUGGCUCAGGAAGGCCAAAUCAAUUUCCAGAGAUGCAUGGAUAAGAUGUAUAACGACUCGGUACAAUAUUUUCAAGAAUUCUGUGGGACAGUCAUGAAACUCUUUGACUCACUCAUUGAUUACCUGAGGAACACCAGAUUCCAUCUCCCAGGAGGAGCUGAGACAUACACUGGAGAUGAACUCUGCAAUAUGGCCAUAAGGGAAGUAGUGAAUGCACUGUCCCAGGUCAAUUCUAAAAUCCAUGAUGGGUUAGAAAUACUCUCUUCCUAUUUCCAAGACCUAGAGAAGAAAUCUGAAUUUGUCAAGACCCUAAAGAUCAAAUUUCCUUUUUAUUCAAGAAGCCAUAAACUAAUAGAUGUAUUCCUGGGGAUUGUGGAAACACUGAAAUUUUUAUCACAAGAGGUCCAAAAGGCAUUUAAUGAGCUCCAGUCUGUCAAGAAUACAGAGAUGCUAACUUAUCUUCAGAAUAUUAUACUAAGCUUUCUCCAAGACAUAGAACAAGGAAUUAAACACUUAAAGGAGAAGACAUUUCUUUAUCUUAAUAAUGAUAUCAAAUCUGGGAUUAUCACAGUCUUCGGUGAACAUAUCCCAUAUGUUUUUAGAUUGCUGAAAGAAAACUAUGAUAAGUUUAAUGGAAUUAUUCAAAGCAAACUUCAGGACGCUUCUCAAGAGCUACAUCAGCUCUAUCAGUACAUAAAGGCUCUUCGGGAAGAAUAUUUCGACCCAAGUAUGGUUGGCUGGACAGUGAAAUAUUAUGAAGUUGAAGAAAAGAUAAUUACCUUGUUCAAGAACCUACUAGUUUUCCUUAAGGACUUCCAUUCUAAAUAUACCAGCAGGGCUGCUGGCUUUGCUUCCCAACUCUCAAAUCAAGUUGAAGAAUUUGUGCGCAAAAAUAUCCAGGAAUAUCUUAGCAUCCUUAUUGAUGCAGAAGGAAAAGGGAAAGAGAAGAUUGCAGAGCUUUCUUCCACUGCUCAGGAAAUAAUUAAAAGCCAGGCCACUGCAACAAAGGAAAUGAUUUCUGAUUACCACCAGCAGUUGAGAUAUAAGCUGCAGGAUUUUUCAGACCAACUCGCUGAUUGCUAUGAAAAAUUCAUUGCUGGCUCCAAAAGAUUGAUUGACCUGUCCAUUCAAAGCUACCGCACGUUUCUGAGAUAUGUCACCGAGUUACUGGAAAAGGUGCAAUCAACCUCAGUCAGUGGCAUGAACCCCUACAUAAAGGUUGCCCCAGGAGAACUUACUAUCACCAUCUGAUAUUUUUUAAAACAAUUCUCAUUUAUUCUUCUGCCCCAAUUAAAUUUCCACAUAGUUGGAUAAGAAAUCCAAACUGUAUAUACUGAUACAACAAUACAUUGAGCAAGGCCUUAUGAAAUGGGGUGACUUGCUGGGAGUCACUUGGCCAACAGUAUGUCACAGCUGGACCAUAAGGCAGCCCUGCAGCGGGCAGCGGGACACCAGCCGUUGCCCACAUGAAUCGCUCCUGCCCUGGAGCUGCCAUCUGGACUCCAAAGGUCUCUGAACUCUGGGGAACUGCAUUUUUGCAAGUUAAAGAAAAUCAGGAUCUGAGUUAUUUUGCUCAACUUGGGGCAGGGAGAACCAAAUAAAUGAAUUCUGGAUUGUGUA